AUCGAUCGCUUCACACCUUUCGGCGCACCGUCAGAGACGCGCAUCAUGUCACUGCCCGAGUAUAAGACGGCUUUCAUGAGGGACUGCGUCUCAGCGGACGCGCUCAAAUUCGGCACCUUCACGCUCAAGUCGAAGCGCAUAUCGCCCUACUUCUUCAAUGCGGGCCUUUUCCACCGCGCAUAUCUCCUGCGGUCCAUAUCCUCGGCAUAUGCGCACACCCUGACCGCGCACGCGCAGUCAGACCCUUCAUUCCACUUCGAUGUGUUGUUCGGGCCAGCCUACAAGGGCAUUCCUCUGGCUGCUGCCACCAUCGACAAGCUUGCCGACCUGGACCUGGACAAGUACGGGAAGACAAGCUACAGCUUCAACCGCAAAGAGGCCAAGGACCACGGCGAAGGCGGCAACAUUGUCGGAGCCUCCCUCAAAGGCCAGAAGGUGGUCAUUGUGGACGAUGUCAUCACGGCUGGGACCGCUAUCCGCGAAGCCAUCGAGAUUAUCAAGAGAGAGGGCGGAGAGCUGGUGGGCAUCAUCGUGGCUUUCGAUCGCUUAGAGAAGACGCCCAGUGCGACAGAUGACGAUGGGACGCCGAGGCCCAGCGCUAUUGGGGAGAUCAGGAAGCAGUAUGGGAUUCCGGUGCUGGCGAUCCUGACGCUGGACGAUGUGAUUGAGUACUUGAAGAGCUUGGGGAGCGCAGAGGAUCUGGAGCGGCUGGAUGAGUAUCGGGCCAAAUACAAGGCGAGCGAUUGAGGUGUGAGGCUUCACGACGCCAUGAUACAUCUUUGUGAUACCCAUAGAUCUCGUGCUGCCGCUGAGCAGUGCUCUUUCAUGGAGAGAUUGCCGAGAGCGGCCUCGGCAGCACAAGCCUCCCAUAAACGAUCAAUUUAGGCGGCGGCAGUCUAGUGGGUCCGCAAACAUCUAAACGUGACCACGUCUCAGAAACCACCGCCAAUGGAGGGCAGCUGUUCAUCUGCUGCACCGCUUCACUCCGCUCUUUGUAGUAGCCCAACAGUGCCGAGCUUCCGCUUCCGGCUGGUCCAUCAUUCUCCCUACACA